AUGUGGUUGGCAAAGGUCCGGGAACUGACCGGAAGCCCGAUCGAGAUUGACUGGCAGCCCUUCUCCCUGUCGCAGAUCAACAACAAGGACGGCGACAACGUCUGGGAGAGGCCUAAUGUCGUAAAAGGCGACGAUCCAGUUCUCUUGGCUCACCAGGCCGGUUUGGCAGUCAAGCGACAGGGCAAAGAAGCCUUCGAGGCCUAUUUCAUGGCCCUGCUCAAGGCCCGGCACGAGGACAAGGCCGAUCUCAACGACCGCGCGGUCAUUGACGCUGCAGGCGAUGCCGCCGGCAUCGACAUGGCCCGCUUCCGCGAGGACAUCGCCGACCCCGAUCUGCUGCGCGAGUUGGCUGACAGCCACACCAAGGCAGUGGAAGAAUACGGCGCCUUCGGCGUUCCGACAUUCGUCUUCGACAACGGCAACUUCGCCUUCCUCAAGAUGUUCAUUCCGCCGGAAGAGCAGUCGGUGGAGAUUUACGACAACCUGAUGAAGUCGAUGAGCGAGUUCGUCCACGUUGGCGAAUUCAAGCGCCCGCAGCCGCCGUGGCCCCAUGGCGUCAUCUAG